UCCAUAUAACAGAGGGGUGCGAGAAGACAAAUUCUAAAGAGAGAAGGAAACAACUCAUACUGGUGGACUAACUCUGCAAACCCAAACGGAACUGCUCAGAACAUGUGUAAAGGAUUAGCUGCCCUGCCCCAGACAUGUCUGGAAAGGGCUAAAGAGAUCAAGACUAAAUUGGGAACUCUGCUUCAGAAGCCAGACAAUUCCAUCGACUUUAUCAUCCCCUACCAAGAAAAGCCUGAAAAGAAACCUGAGAAGCUUCAGAAACCAACACAUGAAGAAGCAGCACAAUGGCGCGAGUCCCUCGAUAAGGUCCUCUCCAACAGCUAUGGUCUGGCCACCUUUAAGAGCUUCCUGAGAUCUGAGUUCAGUGAUGAAAAUAUUGAGUUCUGGGAGGCUUGCGAGGAUUUCAAAAAGACCAAGAACCCCCUGAAAAAGGCCACCAAAGCAAAGAAGAUUUAUGAGGACUUCAUUCAGACCGGUGGACCUAAAGAGGUGAACAUCGACCACUUCACCAAAGAUGUGACCCUGAGGAACUUGGUUGAUAUUUCUCCUGCUACCUUCGAGCUGGCUCAGAGCCGCAUCUACACCCUGAUGGAGAAAGACUCCUUUGGUCGGUUCCUGAGAUCUGAACAAUAUCAGGAACUUAUCAAGUAAACUGACUCACCAGCUGCAGGGAGAUACAAGAGAAAAGAUCAUCCUCACAAAAUAUUUGACAUUCAAUUGUUCAAGUCAGUCUAUUAUACAUUUUUUGAUAACAGGCAAUUUUCUGAACCUCAAUUUGCAUCACAACAGUAACUAAUUAUUUGUUGAAAUUGGAAAAUAUUAAAGAGUGUUUUACAUAGCCUCCCUGCAGCUGAUACAGAGAUCUUUGCUUCAUGAAAAGAUGUCAGCAAAAUUGCCCAGUGCUCCGAAUGACCGAAUAUCAAAGUAAAACUCAUAAAACAAAUGAAUGAUCGGGUAUUAAAGAAUCAAAAAAUAUCACUCCUCAUAAUGUUUUUGUGAUUUGACUUUAGUCAAAAAGAUGUGAAGUGCAUAAUUGUAAUAAUUUAAAGACCUCCUCAAAAUGUUGUAUACAUGUACAUCAUUUGGAGUUCUACUCUUUGCUGACCGCUCAAUAAAACUUUCAGACUAAUCUCCACUUGUAAUUCAUGGCUUUUCAGGAAAGUGGCUUGAGUACUUUCAAUGAGCAUUUUCCAUCCUGAUUUUCUGUAAAACCUUUGAAUGUGUUUUUUCUUUGAGAUGCAGGGAGUGGGCUAGGGGACAGGAAAAGAACAGUGGGCUUUCUCUUGGAAAUAUCUAUGUUAAUAUUAAAAUUCCCAAAUGGUAAACAGAAGCACAAACGGCUUCAGAAUCAACUAGAAAGUGCCACUUUAUGUCAAUGUUAGAGCAAACAUGUGACAUGUUAGAAAGAAUAAUUCAGUCUCUGGGAACGUGUGGUUUGCUUAAUGCUAUUGAACGUUGCUAAGAUUGGAAGAUCAAGUAGGAGGGUCGUUAAAGCACUGGGCACAAUAUCUAGUAUCAUUUCUAAAUGUUUAUUCCCAUGAACAUAAAAAUAUAAGGUCAUGGAAACCCAAAACAUUUUUUUGGUUUUGAUACACAUAUCAUUUGUGCUAUUAACUAUUAUAGUCUAGACACCAAUGAUUGUACUUUAAGUAAAGUGUUAUUGCGGUUAACAUCUGUUAUUUUACCUUUUGCAUACAGCUAUAAGAUUGCAGUCAUAUGUUUUGAGAAAUAUGCAAGUUAUGACACCUGAAAGGUAUAACAAAUGUAACUCACAAGUGUGAUUCAGUAUAAUUUUGCAUGUUUUUCAUAGAUUUAACACAGGUAGCCUUGCAUAUUUCUUUACAUUUAUAGUAUACUUUGUGUAUGAAUUAACAUAAGCUGUUGUAGGUGCCUCCUGAAGUCCUUACUGAUGGCCCACAAAGACAAUUCUUGUAGUUCACUGCAGGACAGGAGUAGAUGGAUAUGGCAAAGGUACAUCACAAUAAAACAAAUCUGACAAAAAAUGGAUAAAAAUUAAAGCUUUUCCAAAAUCACAUAUCGCUCUGAUGGAUCUUUUAUUCUUUUUAAAUUUGGCCAAUCUUGUCACCAUAAAACUAAAAUGGAUGGAAUUUGAAUCGAUUAGGAAAAUGUUAAAAUUGUCAAUAAGGACUGACGGGGUACCUCACUCUUACAUCAAACUAUAUGCAUGUAUGUUUGUUGAUGAUAUAAAAUCCAUAAUCACAUUAAAGUUCUGAAGAUUUA